AUGGCGCCAGAGGAGCGGAAGCGACACAGGAGAUUCAGUGUCGCCGAUGAGACAAACCUGGAUGAUGGCACCGAUGCACCUACUGUCUCGCCGGAAGAUCUGGUGAACCUGACAUUUCAACAUGUCCCAAGUCAGGAGCCGCAGUCAACCCCCGAAAUCGAUCCCGGAUCCGAUUCAAAGAUCAGGCAUGGUACCUUUGACAUUCAUAGGGAUCCCAGGCUUAGUUGUCGGGUUGUGGACUUUAUAGGAGACAUAGAAGUUCGUCGCGUGCGACCAGCCAUCCGAUGCCCCUUCCACUCCACCCCAGUCCUAUCACCUCACCGCAUCGACGUCGACUAUCCGGUAGCAGGACCGGCGAGUGCCACCUGGGGCCGACUGCCCAAACCGGAUCUCGCAGAGCAAGCGACGCAUGAAUGCCUAGCGACAAUCUGUGGCGCAGUCAUCCCUACACGUUCCCUUGGGCCGGAUGCGUCUCAUGGGAACAUGGCGGGUCCACGGCCCAACAAAGCCCGCGUAUCUGUUUAUCAGUACAUGCUAAACAAGGCCAAGGCGAACACGAGCCUGCGCAACGACGACGGCGCCUUUGUCUUUAUUCCUCAAGCGGGGCCCGUGACCCUCGACACCGAGCUUGGUCUACUAGAGUUGCGCGUCGGCGACGUCGGGGUCGUGCCGGCUGGCGUACACCUGUCCAUAUCGCCCUCGAAGACAGCUGGGGCCGAGCCCCUCAGUGGAGGCUGCGCCGGGUACGUGCUGGAGGUGGUCGGGACCGGGUUCGAUCUGGCAGUCGACUGCGACUUUGCCGUUGCUUCUGGUCCGCGGUCUCACGAGGAAGGUCCUCCCAACGAGAACGGCAAGGAAUGGACGCAUUUCGUCAAGGACAGCCGCUCGCCCAAGCCGUUGAUGCUGCCGCCAUCUUAUAUGACCGCCUCGGGCGCCAUCCCGGCGUGGGUGCCUCCGAAUCCUCCUCCAACGCGCAGCAGCAGUACCGAGAGGCAGUCGGAGGAGCAGCAACAAGAGAAAUGUGAUGAUGGUGGGAAAUAUGAGCCCGCGACGGACGAUAAAGUCAACCCGCUCCGGCAGUAUACUCUCGCCCACGGUCCCUUGGACGUCGUGGCUUGGGAGGUGGAGGGUUCGCGUUGUGCCGACCUUCCGUACAAGCUGAGGAUGGCGGUGCCAGGAUCGGAUCAGCCUGAGUCUUGGCCGGUCCUGCGAGCCGACCACGGCGACGGCCACAUCACCGAGCUGCGCAUGUUCAACGGCCGAGUGCAGACACCGCUUUGGGAUAUGCCCGACGUCGCAGCAACGGUUGCUUCGUCCGGAACCAGCCGUGUUUUGGAUGGCGUUGGCUUUGGGGACCAAGAGCGGCCCCGCGAUGGGCUAAACGUCGCCUAUGGUGUCAUCCGCGGCACCGAAGGCGAUGAGGCAUGGCGGGGACUCCGCGCGGGCGACCUGGUCGUCCAGGCGCCCGAGGCGAGAGGUGCUGCCGCCGUCGCCUCCGACACCAAGCCUCAUUCCGACCCUUCUCAGCGUCACGACUUGCUCGGUUUCUCGUUCACGUUCCCUGGCAAGCUUGGCUUCUCAGAGUGGGCUCUGGCUGAGCACCCGGCCAGGGUCUCGUCGACGACGGCGUGA